CGCUUCCCGCGGGUGCGCGGAGCGAGGACGGUGACAGCCACGCGCGCGCGUGCGCGUCUGCCUGCCGCGCGACCCCGCGACUGCCGUCGGCCGCUGCCGUCUAGGGUUCUAGUCUCCGGGCGUCCCCGGCGGCCCCCGCCCGAGUCCCGGAGAGCCACGUCGCGUCCUCCCCGUCGGUCCCAGCUCGCGUCCCCUACCCGCCACCGUCAGGGCCUGUCCCCGAACUCCCCUUUCCGCCCGGGGCAGGGUCCUCGCGGCCCAUGCUGGCCACUGGGGACCAGCGCAGCGCAGACCGCUCCCAGGCCGGCCGGCCGGCCACCAUGGUGGCCCUGAGGCCCGUGCGGCUCCUCCAGGGGGGCUAACAGGCCCAGAGCGCAGGCCGUGGGGCGCGAGCGUCCCGGGCCUGAGCCCCGCGCCAUGGCCGGGGCCAUCGCUUCCCGCAUGAGCUUCAGCUCGCUCAAGAGGAAGCAGCCCAAGACGUUCACCGUGCGGAUCGUCACCAUGGACGCCGAGAUGGAGUUCAAUUGCGAGAUGAAGUGGAAAGGGAAGGACCUAUUUGAUUUGGUGUGCCGGACGCUCGGGCUCCGGGAAACCUGGUUCUUUGGACUACAGUACACAAUCAAAGAUACAGUAGCCUGGCUCAAGAUGGACAAGAAGGUGCUGGAUCAUGAUGUUUCAAAGGAAGAACCAGUCACCUUUCACUUCCUGGCCAAAUUUUAUCCUGAGAAUGCUGAAGAGGAGCUGGUUCAGGAGAUCACACAACAUUUAUUCUUCUUGCAGGUAAAGAAGCAGAUUUUAGAUGAAAAGAUCUACUGCCCUCCCGAGGCUUCGGUGCUUCUGGCUUCGUACGCCGUCCAGGCCAAGUAUGGUGACUACGACCCCUCUGUUCACAAGCGGGGAUUUUUGGCCCAAGAGGAAUUGCUUCCAAAAAGGGUAAUAAAUCUGUAUCAAAUGACUCCGGAAAUGUGGGAGGAGAGAAUUACUGCCUGGUAUGCUGAACACCGAGGCCGAGCCAGGGACGAAGCUGAAAUGGAAUAUUUGAAGAUAGCUCAGGACCUGGAGAUGUACGGCGUGAACUACUUUGCAAUCCGGAACAAAAAGGGCACAGAGCUGCUGCUUGGAGUGGAUGCUCUGGGGCUUCACAUCUAUGAUCCUGAGAACAAGCUGACCCCCAAGAUCUCCUUCCCGUGGAAUGAAAUCCGAAACAUCUCAUACAGUGACAAGGAGUUCACUAUUAAACCGCUGGAUAAGAAAAUUGAUGUCUUCAAAUUUAACUCCUCAAAGCUUCGUGUUAAUAAGCUGAUCCUCCAGCUAUGUAUUGGGAACCAUGACUUAUUUAUGAGGAGAAGGAAGGCUGAUUCUUUGGAAGUUCAGCAGAUGAAAGCCCAGGCCAGGGAAGAGAAAGCUAGAAAGCAGAUGGAGCGGCAGCGCCUUGCUCGAGAGAAGCAGAUGAGGGAGGAGGCUGAACGCACGAGGGACGAGCUGGAGAGGAGGCUGCUGCAAAUGAAAGAAGAAGCGACAAUGGCCAAUGAAGCCCUGAUGCGGUCUGAGGAGACGGCCGACCUGCUGGCUGAAAAAGCCCAGAUCACCGAGGAGGAGGCAAAGCUCCUGGCACAGAAGGCCGCAGAAGCCGAACAGGAAAUGCAGCGCAUCAAGGCCACAGCCAUUCGCACGGAGGAGGAGAAGCGCCUGAUGGAGCAGAAGGUGCUGGAAGCCGAGGUGCUGGCACUGAAGAUGGCCGAGGAGUCAGAGAGGAGGGCCAAGGAGGCAGAUCAGCUGAAGCAGGACCUGCAGGAAGCCCGUGAGGCAGAGCGGAGAGCCAAGCAGAAGCUCCUAGAAAUCGCCACUAAGCCCACGUACCCGCCUAUGAACCCGAUUCCAGCACCGUUGCCUCCUGACAUACCAAGCUUCAACCUCAUUGGUGACAGCCUGUCUUUUGACUUCAAGGAUACUGACAUGAAGCGGCUUUCCAUGGAGAUAGAGAAAGAAAAAGUGGAGUACAUGGAGAAGAGCAAGCACCUGCAGGAGCAGCUCAACGAACUCAAGACAGAGAUCGAGGCCUUGAAACUGAAAGAGCGGGAGACAGCUUUGGAUAUACUGCACAACGAGAACUCUGACCGGGGCGGUGGCAGCAGCAAGCACAAUACUAUUAAGAAGCCUCAAGCCCAAGGCAGAAGACCUAUCUGCAUUUGAGCCCUCAAACUCACCUUGCAGAGUGCCAAGUCCCGAGUGGCCUUCUUUGAAGAGCUCUAGCAGGUGACCCAGCCACCCCAGGAGCUGCCACUUCUGCUGCUCCCAGCACCAGCGGGAUGGGCCGGACACCGUGGGAACCAUCUGUGGGGGGCUGGCUGUGGGCUUCCCUGGGAGCUCCAGAACUUUCCCCAGCUGAGUGGACAGUCCAGCCUCCUUUAUGUGCAAUUGCCUUGAACUAUGACCCUGCAGAGCUUUCUGUCAUGGUGUUCUAGUUCUCCUGACCCGAGUCUCUCUGUCUUCCUUUGUCCGAUGUGGGGUCCCAAACAAACCUUGAUCCAAGGCGUGCAGCAUGUGUCUUCCUGUCCAGUGCUGGCCUCCACGGCUCGUCUGGGAAGUGUGUAGGGGUGAAGCGCAGGGGCUCUGGGGGCCAGGAGGCUGGUGGCACCACCCUUACUUCCCCCAGGGUUCCAAAACGUCCAUCCCCUCCAUGGCUGAGGACCUGGCAUGCAGCAAAGAAGCAUAGCCCGGCUGAGCCCAGGCCCGGAGCAGCCUGCCGGCUGCUCGUGGUCGGGGAGCUAACCCGCAGCUCCUGGCGAGUAGAGUGCUGGGUCCCCGCCAGGCACCCCUCAGGCUGCGCUCUGGCUGCCAGCUGGAGGGGACUAGGUAGGGCAGCUGGGCCUGGGAGGGCUUUUAGGCAGAAGCUGUGAGGGAGGGCCGGCUGCCAGCCCAGGGCCCAGGAAGCGAGUGCUGCCCCUAGGUACAGCGACUCGCCCCUCCCCCGCCACCCACACCUGGGGCUGAGAGGCAGGCGGGGGCCACAGGGGUCUUUCUCAUGCCUGCGGGGGCUGGGCACUCCCUGGGUCGUGCUGUCGUCAGAACCUGGCAACCCAGCCCUGACCUCUGAGGCCCCACAGGUACUUCUCUCUGGCCCAGACACCGAGCACCACGGGCCAUGUCUGUCACUGAUCUGUAUCAGCCACCCGCCUGGCCAUGUGCCAGCAAGCCCUUCCCAACCCACUGCCAUGUCUGGGCCUCAUCCCUCCGGGGCCUAGUGGGGUCCCUUUGUGCCCCUCCCAGCACGAGCCUGAUGCAGCUGUCCACUCACUCGGUGCUCGCACGGGCUGGCACACGACUCCCUCCGUGCCAGGCAGCAGCGGGUCACAGAACCACCCUGGGGACUCCCUCCUUGCUCCGGAGCCACCUUCUUGCCCUUCCUUUUCCCCACGGCUGGUGAUGCUGCUCUGGCCACCUGGAGCCCUUUACAUCCUUCUAGGCAGGCCAUCGUGCACAGCGGGUGCUACGUCUUAACUCGGUGAGAAGACGCUCAUUAGCCGAAGACGGAUGAGGGCUGGACAGUUCCUGAGGACAGCGGUGGUCGCUGGCAGUUCUGGCUGGCUUUGGAAAACUGAGAAGCUCAUAGAGAUCCUGACUUUUUCCUGCUGUCAGGCUGACCCAGCAGGGUCCUGGGCUGGCUUCUGCCUUCUCAGGCCACCUUGCCCUGAGGAAGCCAGCCCUGUGUGUCACCCCAGCCCCUGAGGGCAUGCAGGGUGGGACUCUACAUCUGAAACCUGAGUGGAUGGCUGGGGCUGGGAGACUGUCCUGUAUCUUCCUGGCAGGGAGGUGCCCUCAGGAGCCGGAGCCUGAGGCGUUUGUGCAGUGAGGUCUGGCUCGUGUGUGGCUCUGUCUCCUUAUGCCGAAAGCCCAUCCCUGAGUGUCCCAGUUACUUUCCUCCUGAUCUGUAAAUGUAUUCUUUAACUAUGGCUGCAGGGCUUAGAAGCAUGAUGGUGGUUUAUAGAAAUGAUGUCAGACUUCGUUUUCUUAUUCCUUAACUGCUGUGUGUACUUCCGAAGUCCAGAAAUGCCAGGCCCUGUGGCCUCAAGGGAGCUGGCUGGCGCCUGAGCUGUGGCAGGAGCACGGGGCCUGGGGGAGCAGGAAGGGGCUGCGGGGGGCCAGCAAGGCCUGUCAGCCAGCGGCUCUCGUCCCCGUGAAGCAAGAGCUAGUGGCACUUCCCUGCAGACGAUGAGAGGACCGUGGCCUCAGGAAGGUCUUGAGCCCCAGUAGCAGGAGAAAAAAUGAAAAAUUUGCUUGGUUUUUCAGAGACUUGUGCCUGUGGCUGAGGUGACUAUGUCCUUUUUAAGUGAACGUUUUUAGAGCUCGGGAGCUUGUCACAUCAGGAAGCUGUGAAGACCAUUGGGAGCAGCACCCUGGCCACAGUUUUUCAUUACGAGCUUCUGAGAGUUCUUGAGCAGAGGUACUGCCACCCUGAAACGGUCGGGGAAGGCACUGCCCAGCUUGUGACACUCCGUGGGGCUGUGCUGUUGGCCCGUGGCUGUUGGGGACAGACCACCUCGCUUGUCUGGACUGAGGACCCAUCUUAGCCCCGGUAGCGCCCUGGCCUGUGGCAUUGACUGGCCCGCCAGGCCCUGCUAGACAACACCCCUCGGCAUUACAUAACUCUUCUUGAGUGACGGUGGCUUGUAAUCUUGGGGACAGGUUUCUCUGUCUCCCUUUCUUUUCUUUUUCAAAAGUCCAGAGGCUGACAACCGGGAGGGUGACUAAGUGUUCCUUGCUGAAAGGUUGGGGCCCCGCCGCCCCUCCCAGGCUGCGUUGGCGGGAGACAGCCCUUCCCAGUCGCCUGGGGCCACGGCGGCCCUCCUGGGCUUUCUUUCAGGAAGCUCCAUCCGUUUUCAAAGCUGCCAGAGAUGUCAAAGGCCCUUCGUCCUGUGGGGCCUGAGUCCCACCUCCUGUCAGGGCCAAACCGUGGUGGACCUCUCUUUUCUACCCUGGGGGACGAUUGUAAUUUAAAUGAGCAUUUUAAUAAAAAUUCUAAGCUGGAAAGA